AUGCCCCUUUGGCAGAUCUACCACCCCCCGAACACAUUCCAAAGUGUCGAAUCCAAACAACUCUUCGCAGAAGAUAUAACAAAAAUGUACACCGGUCUGGGGCUACCAGCCUUCUACGUCUUGACGCACUUCCACGAAAUUAAAGACGAGAACGUCUACGUGGGCGGGAAGCCGGUCUCGACUAAACCACUCGUUCGCGUCGUCAUCAAGCAUAUUGCCGUUCGUAUUCCCGACGAAGAUAAAGCUUAUCUUCGUACUACAUCGCGCCUUGAUAAAAUCAUGAAGCCCCAUCUCUUAGAUAAGGGUUAUGAUUUUGAAUAUCAUGUUGAAGAAACGGAGCGUCGGCUUUGGAAGAUUAAUAGCUUGAUCCCGCCUCCUUUUAAAAGCGACGAGGAAAAGCUCUGGGUGCAGAAGAAUGCUGCUUUGCCAUAUGAGGGCGCGUAUCCUCCCGUGGAUGAGGAAGCUUGA